CACCCAGCAGCCCAGCCCAGAUCCACAGCCAUGUCUGCCGACGAGAACCAAGCCGACAAGAAGCCCGAGACGCAGCACAUCUCGCUCAAGAUCCAGGGCGCCGGCUUCCCUGACCUCGUCAUCAAGGUCAAGAAGACCACCAAGCUGUCCAAGAUGAUGAACGCCUACUGCCAGCGCGCGGGCAAGGCCCUCAACGAGGUCCGCUUCAUGUACGAGGGCACGCGCCUCAACGGAGACCAGCUCGUCGCGGAUCUGGACAUCGAGGACAUCGACGAGGACGAGGAGGUCGUCAUCGACGUGGCUCAGGAGGCCGUCGGCGGCUCGCUCUAGACGUUCGACUCGCCCUCGCCUCGCCUCGUCGCAUCGCCCCGUCUUUUCUCUCUCUCUCUCUCGCUUGCCCGAGUUUACCUGUCGUCCUCUCCGCAAAUACCUCGCUCCCCUCCCUUCUCCGGCCUCGGCCAUGCCUCUUCUCGAACGCCCACCCACCCUUCUUCUCUCCCACUACCCCCCCUUCUGCGGAGCGUCGCACGGCCGUCGAGCGGGACCUCGCCCCGGCGGCUUUGGCGCUCCUCCCGCCCUUUUCUCUCUCCUCUCUCUCUCUCUCUCUCCCUUUUCCUCCUUUCCUCCUCCCGCCCCCUUCCUGCCCUCUCCCCCCCCUUGAUGUAAAAGCUGUGCGCCUGCC